CUGCAAACACUAGCUGUGGGCUGCCACUGAAAAUGUUAAGGAAGACUCCGAUAUACACAUGUGGAACGUACUUGGUGAUGCUGGUCCCACCGCCAGGUGGAUCAGGCAGUUCUGCGACACGCUCACUCUUUGGAGGAACAAGCGCUUUGUCAUCUUUAAAAAUUCUUGCUUCAAGCUUGGUGUUCAAUAUUUCGGAUGGGCAGUUCACAAGCCGAGCAGAUCUCAUUGAUGCUGCAGGAAGUUCACUUGGACGUGGUGCUCUAGUUCCAGGACUUGGUGCCUGUUAUGAUACUAUGAAUAACAUGAUAUGGACAUGCUCUAAUGAUUAUAUUGAUCAGUGGUGCAAUCCCGGGAAUCAGGCAUUCCAUUGUGUCUGUCAGAGACUGGGCGUGAGUCAUGUCAUUACAGAGCCCAAAGGGGAUGCAACAACCACAAAUGAGGUUAUUAACCAGUUACUGCACCAUGUUGGUGCCAUGUGUAUCCACCAACUCAACCUGCUUGCAGCCAGCAACAAUCUUCCCAUAACAAAUUUUUUGGGCAAGCAACAUCCAAUUGAAGCACAUCAUCUCAGCAGUAUUUGUGACAUUAUGGAAAAAGCUAUGGUGAAUGGAGAUACUUGUAUAAUACGCUGCAUCCUUGUUGUCUUUCAGGUGGUUUUUAAAUUUUUCUUCAGCCCCCAAACCGAAAGAAACAGAGAUAUUGUUAGAAGGUCUGGCCUGUUACUUUGGCAGUUACUGAUGGCACCAAGGGAUCAGAUUUGCUCUGAAAUUCAGAAGGAGGUUUGUCUAGCUAUUAGCUCUGGUUUAAAUAUCCUGUAUCCUGGAGAAGCAGAAAUCAAUAAUUUAUUGAAAUUGGUCUUAACUGAAGGAGAGAGAAAUAGUGGUCUCUCUCAACUUCGUGAUGUUAUCCUGACUAAUCUGGCUGAACAGCUUCAGAACAACAGAUUUGGAAGUGAAGAUGAUGAUCAUUAUAGACUAAAUGAUGAGCUGUUGCACUACAUUCUCAAGAUUGUUGUCCGAGAAUCUUGUGUCUUAAUCACCAAGUGCCAAACUGUAUCUAAAGAUGAUUUUCAAAGGCUUCUUUCAACUGUGCCUGCUGCGUCUUCGUGUUUGCGGUAUCUGAUGGCUGUACAGAACCACCUCCUCAGUAACACUAUUUUGAUUAAACCUGAUGAAAAUGAUGACAGUGACAGCUCCUUGCAGGGAGAGACAUUGAAGGAGCUAAAGACCAGCAUUUUGUCUCUUGCUACACAAAUUCUGACAGGAUGUGAUGAAGUCUUAGAAAUGCUGCAACAAGUCACUACAGCACUAAUAAACAGUGACAUUUCUGAUAGAGAGCAAAGAUUAAAAGGCCUGGAACAAAUUACGAAGGCUACUAUGCUUGGUCAUCUGCUUCCCGUCCUACUGACAUCUCUGAUGCAUCCAAAUUUGCAAACUCUAACUAUGGCUGAUGCCUUGAUGCCUCAGCUGGUGCAGCUGGUUCUUUACACAAGUCAGACUGCACUGCUGCUUAAAACUCAGUCUCCAGUUUUCUCAGAACUGAACAGCUCCCCCAGUGGUGCAUCAGAACAGAAGGGGAAGCUGUUACCUGACGAGAGAAUGCUGGAAGAGAAAGAAGAACCAGGUUUUCUUACGGGUUUGAAGAUCCCGGCUCCCUGGGCUGCUGGGAAGACUGUGGAAACAGUUCAUCCCGUCAGGGAUAACUAUAAAUUUAAAGAAACUGUACAUAUUCCAGGAGCCCGCUGUUUAUAUCUUAGAUUUGACAACAGAUGUUCUUCACAAUAUGAUUACGAUAAGUUGGUGAUCUAUGCUGGUCCUAACACAAACAGUAGGAAGGUUGCUGAGUAUGGAGGCAAUACACUGGGAUAUGGCAGCCGUAGUGUCUUAGGAACUGGUUGGCCGAAAGACUUAGUAAAGGUGGAAGGAGAUACAGUCACCUUCUCCUUUGAAAUGCGGAGUGGUCGUGAGCACAACACUCCAGACAAAGCUAUGUGGGGCUUUGCUUGCACUGUUCGAGCACAGGAGUCUUCAGAGGAUGUGUCAGGAGGCUUGCCAUUCUUGGUUGACCUGGCACUUGGCCUUUCUGUAUUAGCUUGUUCUAUGCUGCGAAUAUUAUACAAUGGACCAGAAAUUACCAAAGAUGAAGAAACAUGUCAAGAGCUCUUAAGAUCUAAAUUAUUACAAAGGUGCCAGUGGCAGGUGGAAGCUAAUGGUGUAAUAUCUCCAGCCCUUACACCAAGUCCUUCUCCAUUGCCUCUUACUAUAGAUGAAGAUAGAGAAUUUACAUAUCCUUCUGAUGUUCUAGUGCCUCCCGUUGGACACUAUUUUGAUCUGCCUAGAAUUAGGCUGCCUCCAGGAAUCAUGAUAAAGCUCAGGGAAAUUUCUGGACGUGCUCGGCCUCAGUUUAGACCUAGUAUAAAGGAAGUGAUUCAGCCAGAAGUAAUGGAGGAAAUGGUAGUUUCAUGUGUGAUUAAACAUUUGAAUUUGGUUGAUGCACUCCAGUCCCUGAUAAAUUUCCAGUAUCAGGAAGAACAUGCUGAAGAAUAUGAUUUACUUUGUAAAAUUAUGGGAGAGACCUUUAAGAAGCUAAAUGCCAUGGAGAGACAAUUGCAGAGUGUGGCUGAGCUGGAGCAGAAAUGGCAGAAUGAGGUAGAUGACGCCAUGCAUGGGAAGCUGGAGAACAAUGUCCCAUUCUUUUACGAUUACCACUUCAAUGAGAGCAAGAUGAAAGAACUAGAACUUCUGUGUUCAAUGAAAGAAGUUUCUUUUGAUGGAAGCGAUCUUGAGAAUGUGGUCCUGGCAUUAAGGGAGAAGUUUUUUCAAGAGGUGAAUUCACUGAUACAGAAGACUUCGCAUCCCCUAGCAAAAACGAAAACAUUAGUUAAGAGCUUGAUGAACAGAGCAGAGCUAUUACUACAUGUCACUAUUGCAGCACAGUCUGGUAUCACAAGAAGUAUAUCUGGUACCCCUGCAGAGACUCCAGCCUGUAAAUCGGCAUCUGAAACAAAAGUGAUAUCUCAUGCAGUCCGCCAGCCUGUCUUCCUUCGCAGCAUGUCAGCACCAUCUGACUUAGAAAUGAUUGGUAACGAAGAUACCGAGUUUGCUAGAUCAAGUCAAAGGCGACGCCAUGUUACCAGCCAUAGAAGUAGCUCUUUCACUCUUCUCCAGUCACUGACUAUUGAGGAUAGCAGAGAUAAACCCACGUACAGUGUCUUACUGGGGCAACUGUUUGCUUUCAUUGGAACGAAUCCUGACCAAGCGGUGUCCAGCAGCAGUUUUCUGCUAGCUGCUCAGACAAGGUGGCGUCGUGGGAAUACAAGGAAGCAAGCCCUAGUGCAUAUGAGAGAGUUGCUGACGGCAGCUGUUCGGGUUGGUGGUGUGACACAUCUUGUAGGCCCAGUGACCAUGGUACUUCAGGGAGGACCAAGAAUUGAAGAGCUCACGUGUGGCGGGAUGGUGGAACAAGUCCAGGAAGCUUUUGGAGAGACUAUGACGUCUGUGGUCUCGCUAUGUGCUCGCUACCCCAUUGCUUGUGCAAAUAGCAUUGGCCUCUUAUGCACUAUACCUUACACAAGGAGUGAAGAGAAGUGUUUGGUACGUAGUGGCCUGGUACAACUCAUGGACCGGCUUUGCAGUUUAAGCAGCCAGACAGAAUCCAGUUCGAAUGAAAAACAGACUAAGAAGCAGAAGGUGGCCACCAUGGCUUGGGCUGCCUUCCAGGUGCUAGCCAAUCGGUGUGUCGAAUGGGAGAAAGAAGAAGGUGGUUCAACAGAGGCUGUUCACUCUGGUCUGGCUCGUCAGGUCUCCAGCCUCCUUACCAACCACCUCGCACGAGCUACAGAGUGUUGUGGUAAUCAGGCUGCAGGAAAUGAUGCGCUGCAAGAUGUUCUCAGUCUUCUUAAUGACCUGUCAAGGAGUCACAUAGGUAAAGCAAUCCUGAGCCAGCCAGCCUGUGUGUCCAAGCUUCUGUCUCUUCUCUUGGAUCAGCGUCCUUCGCCAAAGUUGGUCCUUAUAAUCCUCCAGUUGUGUCGUGCUGCACUGCCUCUCAUGAGCGUUGAGGACUGUGGAAAUGUGGAAUUGCCUCCCUGGAGUUACUCUGUACCCUCUCUGAACAGUGAACAGGAUGAUCCCAGUGACCCAGCCUCCAAGAUUGCCUCUCUGCUGUUGGCAAAGCUGGCAGAUUAUGUAGUACCAGGAUGCCAGACGGUUCUUUCUCCAACUGCCUCUGAGCCAGAUACUACUUUGGCAAAAGCCAGCCCUAAAAAUUCCAUAAAAGGCGAUAAAGAUCCUGGAGAAGAAAGCGAGGCAGUGGAUGGUAAACUUUCUAUUUUUAUUCAUAAACGGGAAGACCAGUCAUCCCAUGAAGUCCUUCAGCCAUUACUAAGUAGCUCAGAAGGUCGUCCAUUCCGACUAGGAACUGGAGCCAAUAUGGAGAAAGUGGUGAAAAUGGAUCGAGACAUGACAAAAAGUGGCUGCUGUGAAGUUAUUACAGAAGAAGCUGCUGCAGCUCUUCGAAAGGCAACUAAGUGGGCACAGUCUGGUCUAAUAGUUAGUGUUGGGCCACCCAUAGAAACCGUCAAUCCAGAAGCUACUAGUGGGUUGUCCACUGGGGACAAAAAGAAGACCGCACAAACAUCUAUUUGCAGAGAGAGGAAUUCUGAGCUCGCCAGGACGGAUCCUGUGAGGCCAUUCAUUAGUGGUCAUGUUGCAAACAGCAUGGCAGCAGAGGUGAUCGCUUUGUUACAUAGCUUGUUGAUGGCACCAGAAUCAAAUGCAGCUCAGAUAUGGACAACAACUGCUGAAAAAGUUCUGUCUCGGGCUCUGAUGUACAUUCCACAACUCGGGAAAUAUGCAGAGAGUAUUUUGGAGAAUGGGAGCAGCAGUGGAAGGAAACUUGCUAAACUUCAAAGAAUUGCUCGGCAGGCAGUAGCUGCCCUUUGUGCUCUGGGUGGCUUUAAGGAAACGAUUAAAAUAGGUUCUGAAGUUCAGGUUUUAGGUAAAGGAAUAGCAGGAAGCGUUGGAGUUGUGGCAUCUAUUAAUGAACAAGAAGGUAUAGCAACGGUCAAAUUUCCACCUACCAGUAUAGACAGUAGAAAGACCUCACAAGCAUCAGACACAUUAACUAUUCCAUUAUCUAGGCUCUGUGUGCCAAGAUCUGAGGCAUUGCCUCUUCAUAAACUGUCCAUUACUGAGAAGGUAGUACAGGCAGUCCAGUCCAUGUUGCUUCCUCAGGAGGGAAGUCUAUCUAUUCACACCUCACUUCCUGCAACAGGAGAUGGCUCAACUCCAGUAAUGGCAGUGGUCCGGCUUCUUGCUGAAAUAAGAACCAGAGCAUGCCUGGUGAUGGCUCAGCUGUUAGAAGACAGCUCAUUCUGUGAAGAAUUCAUUCAACAAUGUCCAGCUGCGGUAGAAGUUCUUAAUUUGGUGGCGCAGGAGUGCAGCCCUGGGGAGAGGCUCCUUGUUGUAGAAAUGCAGUGUGAAAGGUUACGAAUGUUGUAUCGGGACUGUGCUCGACCUCCCCCUCCUCCACUCCAAGCAGACAGAAGACAGCCCAAAGAAAUCACUUGGAGCCCAUCAAGAGUGUUUCCCCCUGUACGAGCAUGCAUGUUUUCAUCGCAUCUCACAGCUGUGACCUUUUUGGCUGAUCCUAGUGCAGGUGGAGGACUACCUCGGGGCACAUUUAUCUAUGCCACUUCACCAGUUCCAGUACAGGCACCAUCAUUCUACUGGGAGAUUGAAAUAGUUUCCUAUGGAGAUACAGAUGAUGACACUGGACCAAUAGUUUCAUUUGGAUUUGCUACAGAAGCUGAAAAACGGGAUGGUGCUUGGACAAACCCAGUGGGCACCUGUCUUUUUCACAACAAUGGGCGAGCAGUGCAUUACAAUGGCUCCAGCUUGCUGCAGUGGAAGAGUGUUAGAUUGGAUGUGACUCUUUCUCCCGGUGAUGUAGCAGGAAUUGGAUGGGAAAGAACAGAAGGAACACCACCCCCUCCAGGGCAGCCAGCCAAAGGCAGAGUUUAUUUUACGUAUUGUGGGCAGCGACUUGGGCCAUAUCUAGAAGAUGUCUCCGGUGGAAUGUGGCCAGUUGUCCACAUUCAGAAAAAGAACACGAAAGUCCGUGCUAACUUUGGAUCUCGUCAAUUUGCCUAUGCUGAAGGACAGGCUCACAGGAAUGCUGCUGAUCUGUGUAUUGACCUAGCUGAAGAAAUAAGUGCCAACUUUGAAGCGUUGCCUUUUGCCAUGGCUUCUGAUAGUGAUAACGAUGCUGGCACCAGCAUAGCUUCUGAUCCUGGGACCCAUGGACCUCCUUGUAGAAUUGCUGCUGUUGCUACGGCUCAACAACAAUAUGACAGUGACACAUCUUGCCACUAUAAAAUGGAACUAAGCUAUGAGAACUUUAUCACAUCGGGCCCUGAUCCUCAUCCCCCUCCUAUUGCAGAUGAUGAAAGUGAUGAUGAUGAUGACGAUGAUAUUCCCCGGGAGGAUCACUAUGCCCUGUUGGUUAAAGCCUGGGAAACUAAAGUUUUCCCUACAAUUAGAAGAAGAUUCCGUAAUGAGGCUGAGAGGAAGUCUGGGUUGGAUCAGAUUAAAGGAGCUUUACAGUUAGGAAUGGUUGAUAUAGCACGACAAACUGUAGAAUUCCUCUACGAGGAAAAUGGUGGAAUCCCAAGAGACCUCUACCUUCCUACUAUUGAGGAUAUCAAAGAUGAAGCAAACAAAUUUACAAUUGAUAAAGUACGAAAAGGUCUCACAGUGGUGACCCGCUCUCCUGACAGUAACAAUGUUACCAGUAGUGCUGUUGGAACAGCUUUACCCAAGUUUGCUAUUCGUGGGAUGCUGAAGACAUUCGGUCUUCAUGGUGUUGUUCUGGAUGUUGAUUCAGUAAAUGAAUUGGUACAAGUAGAGACGUAUCUCAGAAGUGAAGGAGUUCUGGUAAGAUACUGGUAUCCUAUUGACAUGUUAGAAAGGCCACCUGCUGGUUAUAGGAGGACUGCAACAAAUGGAUUGGUUACCCUGGAUAAUACCAAUAUCCAAAUUCACAGAGAGCUUUUGCGAAGUGAAGCUUCUCUGGCCAAGCUAUACUGCCGCAUGGCUCUCCUCAAUAUUUUUGCCCCCAAAUCUCCACAUAUGUUUACUCGGCUGUUUCAUAUUCCUGCUAUCCGUGAUAUCACUCUGGAGCACCUGCAGUUGCUAUCCAACCAACUUCUUGCACCACCUCUUCCUGAUGGAACAAUCAGUUCAAGUUCUAUUCUUUUGGCCCAGUCCCUGCAACACUGCAUCCAUUCCCAGAACUGUGCUGCCACAGACCUCUUCUACCAGGGCAAUUCGCAAGCCAUCAGAGAGUGGCUUACUGUUGCCAUUACUCGGACACUGCAUCAAGGAGAGGAGAGUCUGUUAGACCUCACUAAACAGAUCUGCUCCUUUUUGCAGACGGCACCAGAACAGUUUCCUGCCGAAGAAUUCCCAAUUUCAGAAUCCAAAGUCAAUAUGGAUGUUAAUUUUCCUGGGGCUGCAUUUGUAAUUGUGUCCUGUAAGGAAAGUCAGUCUGGAUUCCGCAAAGAUUCAUCUCUGUAUAAAGCUCCUUGGGCUCGAGUGCUUGUCUACGGGCUCGGGCAUAAAGUCAAAAGGAAUGGUCAGUUAAACCUAAUUGAAGCAGUAUGCUAUCCUCGAGAUGCCUCUCCAACAAACACAGGCCUAACACCUCCCCCAACAACCAAUCAGUACCCUUCAGUGAUCACCCCUACGGACAAGGUCCACAUCAAACUAGGAGUAUCUCCUCCUCCUGGAGCUGUGUUGGUCUUGCAUUCUCUUCCCCUUGAAUUCCCCCUGGCAAUGGCAUUCACAGAACAGCUAUUAACUUGGAAAUUGGAAGAUGGGGAUGGAAGAUCAGAAGACGAACUGGAUACUAUUCCUGCUUCAGUUCUCUUACAAGUAGUGGAAUUUUUAGGGAACUUCCUCUGGACAACUGACAUGGCAGCAUGUGUGAAGGAAUUAAUAUUUCAUCUCUUGGCUGAGUUGCUUCGCAAAAUUCACAACCUGGAGCAGAAAAAAAAUCCGGCAGGAUUGUCAUCUUCUAUUGCCCUUCAGCUAAAUCCCUGUCUAGCUAUGCUGAUGGCCCUGCAGUCAGAACUUCACAAGUUGUAUGAUGAAGAAACACAAAACUGGGUGUCUGGAAAUGCGUGUGGUGGUUCUGGUGUUGGAGUGGCUGACCAAGGAAGAUUUUCAACAUACUUUCAUGCUCUGAUGGAAGUCUGCCUUGCUGUGGCAGAAGUAACCUUACCUAUCAAUAUGAGUGUAACAGCUAAUGUGAUGUCCUCAACAAGUGCACCAAAUCUUAGUGACUCUUCCUCCUCAUCUUCAUCUUCUCCAGGACAGACACCACAGAGUCCAAGCUUGCUGUCAAAGAGGAAAAAAGUCAAAAUGAAGCGGGAAAAGACAUCAUCUUCAGGCAAACGGUCUUCAUCCAGAGCAGCUGAAACAGAUGCUGCAAUCCUCAGUAUAGGAGGAAGCAAGCCCGAGGACAUGUUAUGGUUUCAUAGGGCACUGACUCUGCUUAUAAUUCUCAGACACCUAACUAAAAAGGAUCCACAAGGAUUGGGUGUGACAAAUGAUGCUGUAGCAGAUGCAUGUCAAGCACUAGUAGGCCCCACAGCUCAUAGCCGCUUGCUUGUCAUUUCUGGAAUACCAACUCACUUGGAGGAGAGUACUGUGAGAAGUGCAAUCAGAAAGGCAUGUAAUGCACAUGGUGGAGUCUUCAAAGAUGAGAUCUACAUCCCUUUGCAGGAAGAGGAUCCAAAAAAAAUCAAGGACAAAGCAGAGGGAGGAGAAUGCAGAACUGAACUGGAAAAACCAACUGUUUCAAGUAGUGCAGACAGUUUGGAUAUCAGCAGCUCUAGCAGUGUCACACCUGCCAUGAGCGUUAGCGCUUCAGCGUCUACAAGCCAGGCUUCCCUCUGCAGCUCUCAGGGUAUAUCUCGGACCGUUAGUGAUAUCUCAGUUGACCAGUUUCAAGCUGGACUGGAACUGGCCAUCCCACCAGGAUUGCUAGAACCGCAUGUUGUUUCCAGCCAGGAGAGUUUGGAUCUUUCACACUGCAGUACUGGAAGCCUUGGCAGCCUUGGCAGCCUCGGGGAACCUCUUGACAAUGUAGAAACAGCAUCUGUGUCUGAUGUUGGAUCAAUGUACACAGUCACAUCUCUGGACAACCAGCCACUUCUGUCACGGCCAAUCAAAGGUUUUGCUGUAGUGGAGAUAAGGUCAAGAGCUAAAAUAGAGAAAAUACGAGCCAGUCUAUUUAAUAGUAGUGAUCUCAUUGGUUUGUCAAGUCUGGAUGGUGAAGAUGAACUGAUGGAAAUGUCAACUGAAGAGAUUUUAACAGUUUCUACUGUAAAUCAGAGUUUAUUUGACACACAAGGGAGCCCAGCACUAGAAGAUUAUUUCAAUGAUAAGUCAAUAAAAGGUGAGAAACUGGUCCCUGGUGCUCGGGAAGUCCUCACAGAAAUAUUUAAAAGCUGCAUCCAUUCUGAGCAAAUGCUGAGCCUAACUCCAGCGAAACCCAUUAAGGUUGCUGAUAUCUAUCUUAGUAAAGAACAGAUAAAUUCUCAGACUCCUGGAAACCUUCUUCAUGUGUUCUUCACAAAUGUCCGCCCUCCAAAGAAGGUGCUAGAGGACCAGCUUACUCAGAUUUUAAGGAAAUAUGGUGUGCCCAAGCCGAAAUUUGACAAGAGCAAGUACAACAAGGCAGGCAAAGAACAGCAUCCAGUGAAAGUUGUGAGCACCAAGCGCCCAGUUACUAAACCACCUACAAAGGAAAAGUCUAUGCUCAAUAGUGUCAGCCGAACAGCCUUAAGUGAGAAGAAACCUACCGUAAAGCCAAAGUCUCCUGAGAAGAGCAAACCUGAAGAGAAGGACCCUGAAAAAUCUCCCACAAAGAAACAGGAAGUUCCUGAGGAAAAGUAUUUGACGCUGGAUGGAUUUCACAGAUUUGUGGUUGACCGGUCUAAACAGGAUAUCCGUAGUGUGUGGCGAGCUAUUCUGUCCUGUGGAUAUGAUCUGCAUUUUGAAAGGUGUGCCUGCAUUGAUGCCAGACACGCUCAAAAAGCGUCCCGGAAAUGGACACUGGAAAUGGAUGUAGCCCUUGUCCAGUACAUUAACAGGCUUUGUCGUCACCUUGCAAUUACACCAGCACGACUCCAUCCUCAUGAAGUUUAUUUGGAUCCAGCUGAUGCAGCAGAUCCCAGAAUUUCCUGUCUUUUGAAUGUUCCCAUUGAAAGUCUACGCCUACGGUUUGCACUGCUCCAGUCUCUCAAUACAACGUUGGAGACAUUCUUCUUGCCGUUGGUGGAGCUUCGGCAGACUGAGAUGUACGCUAAUAGUAUUGCUGCGUUACUGCAAGAGGCCAAAGGCUUAAUCUUUUAUGACACAAAGGUAACUGUAAUGAACAGAGUGCUGAAUGCCACUGUCCAAAGAACUGCUGAUCACGCAGCCCCAGAAAUCACCCUGGAUCCCUUGGAAAUAGUUGGAGGGGAGAUCCGUUCUUCAGAAAAUUCCUAUUUCUGUCAGGCAGCAAGACAGCUAGCCUGUGUGCCAUCCUCACAGCUCUGUGUUAAACUUGCCAGUGGUGGAGACCCUACGUAUGCUUUCAACAUUCGGUUCACAGGGGAGGAGGUUCAUGGAACAAGUGGAUCUUUCCGUCACUUCCUUUGGCAAGUUUGUAAAGAGUUACAGAGCUCCUCGCUCUCCCUUCUCCUGCUGUGCCCAAGCUCUGCAGUCAAUAAGAAUAAGGGGAAGUACAUUUUGACGCCUAGCCCUAUAACCUACGCGGAGGAGCAGUUAUUCCAUUUCUUUGGGCAGCUCUUGGGUAUUGCAAUUCGAGCAGAUGUUCCUCUGCCACUUGACCUCCUGCCCUCCUUCUGGAAGACCCUGGUAGGAGAGCCACUGGAUCCUGACGUUGAUCUCCAGGAAGCUGACAUCCUCACCUACAACUACGUCAAAAAAUUUGAAAACAUCAACGAUGAGACAGAACUGGAAGCUCUGUGUGCAGAAAUUGCUUCUCAGCAUCUGGCAACAGAGAGCCCUGACUGUCCUAACAAGCCGUGCUGCAAAUUCACCUACCUGACCAUGACGGGGGAAGAAGUGGAGCUUUGUCCCAGAGGCAGGCACAUUCCAGUGGGGUGGGAGAACAAGGAUGUGUAUGCCACAGCAAUCCGGAGCUUGAGGAUGCGGGAGCUGCAGACUCCGGAGUGCAUGACCGCAGUGCGUGCUGGGCUGGGGUCUAUCAUUCCCCUGCAGCUUCUGACUACGCUGACCCCUCUAGAGAUGGAGCUGAGGACAUGUGGGCUUCCGUACAUUAACCUGGAGUUUCUCAAGGCACACACCAUGUACCAGGUGGGCUUGAUGGAAACCGAUCAGCACAUCGAGUUUUUCUGGAGCGCGUUAGAGAUGUUCACUCAGGAGGAGCUCUGCAAGUUCAUAAAGUUUGCCUGUAACCAGGAACGAAUCCCCUUCACCUGUCCUUGCAAAGACGGAGGCCCCGAUACUGCCCACGUCCCGCCGUACCCCAUGAAAAUAGCCCCCCCCGACGGAGCUGCAGGUUCUCCAGACUCCCGGUACAUCCGUGUCGAAACGUGCAUGUUCAUGAUCAAACUUCCUCAGUACUCCUCGCUGGACAUAAUGCUGGAAAAGCUCCGGUACGCCAUACACUACCGGGAGGAUCCGCUCAGCGGCUGAGUGGGAGAAGGGCAUGCCUAGAGGUGACUGUUCGGGUUGUUUCACGGCUCUGCUAACGUUGGAAACCCUUCGAUUCACAUAAAAAUACCUCCUGUAACACUGUGUGACGAGCUGGAGGUUGAUUUAUUUUCUGACCUUUUGUUCCCGUUACAAUAAUUACUGGAAGACUUACAUUUUGUAUUUGUAGACUUUGUGGUGGACUGGUUAUUUUGCUGCCUUGUUUGUGGAAUAUUUGUAGGAUAGUUUAGUAAAGACCAGUUUGUGUAUAAUUUAAUUUUGAAAAACCUUUAAACAUGUACAUUUCUAAUUUUGUAAUUUAGAAUGAUAUUACCCAUGCAGACACAACAAAAGUGAGGGCGUGCUGAG